AUGGAUAGGAAAGGCAACCUCAGACGUGCCACUUCGGCGGGCUACCGUUUGCCAGAGCGUGCCGGAGUAACGCUUACAUCUCAGUCCUCAGUCUCCGUGCUCAGACACUCGCAGAACAGGACACGAAACACCGGCAGCAGCGAGACAUCGGCGCAAGAUGCUGACACUCGAGACCCAGUAAAGCAGGACCAAGUCUGGAGAGAGUUCGUACGAGCGGAGCGAACGGGUGUAAAAGAGUGGGAGAAGAACUGGAGCUUUCUCAAGAACUUUGACCAGCUGGGGCAGCCCAGGUCAGAGAAUCCUCUUCCCAGCCACGUGCCUGUGUAUUCAGACCUGGUGCCUAACACAACUAACCAGAUGUUUGGCAGUCGAGUGUGCACAGAUUUGGGGAGGGAGCUGAUUCGUAUGGACAAGUUGCUGAUGCUGACCGGUUCUCACCGCAAGACCAAACAGAGUUCAGAGAUGCAGCCUUGCUAG